AUGUCUAUCUCUCCGUUCUUUAAGACGUCUAUCUCUCCGUUCUUUAAGACGUCUAUCUCUCCAAAUUCUUUAAGACGUCUAACUCUCCGUUCUUUAAGACGUCUAUCUCUCCGUUCUUUAAGACGUCUAUCUCUCCUAAUUUUUAAGACGUCUAUCUCUCCGUUCUUUAAGACGUCUAUCUCUCCGUUCUUUAAGACGUCUAUCUCUCCAAAUUCUUUAAGACGUCUAUCUCUGCGUUCUUUAAGACACGUCUAUCUCUCCACGUCUAUCUCUCCGUUCUUAAGGACGUCUAUCUCUCCGUUCUUUAAGACGUCUAUCUCUCCAAAUUCUUUAAGACGUCUAUCUCUCCGUUCUUUAAGACGUCUAUCUUUCCGUUCUUUAAGACACGUCUAUCUCUCCAAAUUCUUUAAGACGUCUUUCUCUCCGUUCUUUAAGACGUCUAUCUCUCCGUUCUUUAAGACGUCUAUCUCUCCGUUCUUUAAGACGUCUAUCUCUCCAAAUUCUUUAAGACGUCUAUCUCUCCACGUCUAUCUCACCAAAUUCUUUAAGACGUCUAUCUCUCCGUUCUUUAAGACGUCUAUCUCUCCGUUCUUUAAGACGUCUAUCUCUCCAAAUUCUUUAAGACGUCUAUCUCUCCGUUCUUUAAGACGUCUAUCUCUCCACGUCUAUCUUUCAAAAUUCUUUAAGACGUCUAUCUCUCCGUUCUUUAAGACGUCUAUCUCUCCAAAUUCUUUAAGACGUCUAUCUCUCCGUUCUUUAAGACGUCUAUCUCUCUACGUCUAUCUCUCCAAAUUCUUUAAGACGUUCUUCCGUUCUUUAAGACGUCUAUCUCUCCGUUCUUUAAGACGUCUAUCUCCGUUCUUUAAGACGUCUAUCUCUCCAAAUUCUUUAAGACGUCUAUCUCUCCGUUCUUUAAGACACGUCUAUCUCUCCAAAUUCUUUAAGACGUCUAUCUCUCCAAAUUCUUUAAGACGUCUAUCUCUCCGUUCUUUAAGACACGUCUAUCUCUCCAAAUUCUUUAAGACGUCUAUCUCUCCGUUCUUUAAGACGUCUAUCUCUCCGUUCUUUAAGACGACGUCUAUCUCUCCGUUCUUUAAGACGUCUAUCUCUCCUAAUUCUUUAAGACGUCUAUCUCUCCGUUCUUUAAGACGUCUAUCUCUCCGUUCUUUAAGUCGUCUAUCUCUCCGUUCUUUAAGACACGUCUAUCUCUCCAAAUUCUUUAAGACGUCUAUCUCUCCGUUCUUUAAGACGUCUAUCUCUCCAAAUUCUUUAAGACGUCUAUCUCUCCGUUCUUUAAGACGUCUAUCUCUCCGUUCUUUAAGACACGUCUAUCUCUCCAAAUUCUUUAAGACGUCUAUCUCUCCGUUCUUUAAGACGUCUAUCUCUCCGUUCUUUAAGACGUCUAUCUCUCCUAAUUCUUUAAGACGUCUAUCUCUCCGUUCUUUAAGACACGUCUAUCUCUCCAAAUUCUUUAAGACGUCUAUCUCUCCGUUCUUUAAGACGUCUAUCUCUCCGUUCUUUAAGACGUCUAUCUCUCCUAAUUCUUUAAGACGUCUAUCUCUCCUAAUUCUUUAA